GGACAUUCGAUUCAAAAGUGAUGUUGCUGCAUUCUGAUGUACCCAGACUGUCGCCUUUUUGCCACGCGUUCGCUUUUAGCGCUUUCAGGUUUGCCCCGAAAGCUGAGAAAAGAAUUGUCGGUACAAUAGUACGUAUUUCGGCUGCAGCACUUGAGACGGGCUUACCGCGUAAAUGAAUCAACGACCUUGCCUUGAUUUUCUGGUUCAAGACUCCCGGUGUAGCCAAUGAAAACGGCCGGCCCGGUUCAGACGGGGGUGGAGGCGACGUUGCGGUGUCUAGAGCCCUUCGCCGUUCCGACCGACUGGCAUUACCAGGCGCAUUACUCCCGACUUUGUCCGCGCCAAGUUCGACAAAGUGAGUCGUUUACAGGCCCCUUACCCUGGGCUAGCCCUGUUCGAGUCGAAUUGCGGUUCCCACUACGCAUAUUCCACGGAGUUCAACUCCAGUAUCCCGGCCCCCAGCAUUGGAUCGGCACUCCAGAACUAUGAAGAAAAAAUGAAAAAAAAAAUAAAAAAUCGUGCGGAUUCAAGGAGGGUUACUUGCAGCUUCUUGGCUGACGGUGGGUUGAUGAUCCAGAAAAAAAAAGGAAAAAACUUCACAAACCACACCGAUGGAGCCCAUUUUAGCGAGAGCCCCAUGUUUUUCUGCUAUGAUCGCUCUCUAUUGGCUCCUGUGACAGCCCACGAAGCAUACCGGUAAGAGCUAUCAUCGUCAGUAGUAUUAUAUAUAUGACAGAAAGCAAACUCUAUCUUUUUAUACUCUCAUCACGCGAUCCUGAUCGGCAUCCCGCAGAUUUUCCUCAUCUUACUUAGUCUGGUCAGAUCGCUGCGUAACAUCCGCCAAUCAAUAUACGGUUGAACGUGGUACAUACUUGUCUCGACCCGUUAAUCAUACUACGCCAGCAUGUCAACUCCGGAGGCUAAGGAGAUGGGCCACGUUGACCCCGGUGCCAACUGCCUCUCAGGAGGGCAUGGUGAAGGACUCGUCAUGGACCCUUCGCGGCGUGCUGUGGUAGAAAAGUCCAUGAAGCGAAAGCUGGAUCUCCGGUGUUCGUUGUUUGUAUUGAUCUACAUCAUGAACUACCUCGAUCGCAACAACAUUGCGGCAGCCCGUCUCGGAACGCUUGAGAAGGAUCUCAACCUCGAGUACAACCAAUAUGCAACAUGUCUUUCUAUUCUCUACGUGGGAUAUAUUCUUAUGCAGGUUCCUUCAAAUAUCUUCAUCAACCGUAUCGAAAGGCCGUCCUUGUACAUUGCCUGUGCAAUGCUUCUUUGGGGGCUUAUAUCCACUCUCUCGGGUAACGCCCAGACCUUUGCACACAUGGUGGUCAUUCGAUUCUUUCUCGGCUUUGUUGAAGCUGCAUUCCUGCCCGGCGCGCUUCUGCUGCUCAGCAAAUGGUACACCCGCAAGGAACUGGCCCUGAGGAACGCCAUUCUCUUCUGUGGAAACCUCAUCAGCAACGCGUUUUCGGCCCUCGUUGGUGCCGGUGUCUUGUCCAACAUGCAUGGCGUUCUCGGGCACUCUGCUUGGAGAUGGCUAUUCUGGAUCGAGGGUGCCAUUACUAUGCUGAUAGCAAUCAGUGCCAUGUUCAUCCUGCCUGAUCUCCCGCACAACUCGAAGGGUUUCACUGAGGAGGAACGUCAUGUUGCUCAGUUGCGUAUGACGGAGGAUGUAGGAGAAGCCGACGUGGAUUCGGCCGAGCAGGGCAUGUUCGAUGGCCUGAUCAUGACGCUCAAGGACUUCAAGGUCUACUUGAUGUGCAUCAUCUUCACUUGCUACGUUAUUGGCCUGUCCUUCAACGCAUUCUUCCCCAGUCUGACUGGCACCCUCGGGUUCGAUUACGUUCCCACUUUGCUCAUGAGCUCACCCCCAUGGGCUUUCUCCUGCAUCGUGUCCCUCAUCAAUGCAUGGCACUCUGACAAGACUCAGGAAAAGUUCUGGCACAUCGUCGGCCCUGUCUUUGUGGGCAUCAUUGGUUUCGUCAUAUCGAUGGCAACUGACAACACGGCUGGCCGCUACGUGGCCCUAUUCCUCCAGGCAUCAUCCUAUGCCGGCUUUAUAGUCUUUUACUCGUGGAUCAGCUCCUCUUUCCCCCGUCCACCCGCCAAGCGUGCCGUCGCUUUAGCCCUGGUCAACGCCUUCUCGCAGCUGGGCAACGUGGCCGGCUCGUACGUGUGGAACCUUAAGGCCAACGGGUACCGCCUCAGCUACGCCAUCGUGCUUGUCAUGUUCGUCAUCACCGCCGUCGGCUGCUGGGUCUUUCGCCUGAUCCUUCAGAACCUCAACAAGAAGCUCGACGAGGGUGAAGCGGCCUGGGAAACGCAGGCAGACGUUGCACAGCAGACGGCUGCCGUGGAGAAGCUCGGCGAUUCGGAUGAUCAGCGCUUGGAGAGGAUGCGUAGGCAGUUCCGUUAUAUGGUCUGAUUUUUAUUUUCUUUUUUUCUGUUCUGGUACAGGCAGUUGUAUAUGGGCUGGCUUACAGUCUAGUAAAAAGUGACCAAUUAUACGGAUAAAGUCUGUCGGAUAAGAAACUAUCAACCCUGUGAUGAGUGAUGACAGUACUAGCUCCUGUGUGGGGCCGUUGAGACUCUAAAAUCACAUAAGCUUUGCCUAGACUUGCUUGGUUGGCUUUUGUU